AUGGAUGAAGAGUUCUCCGAUAAAGAAGAAAUGAUGAUCGAAUCAGUCGGCCCUAGUCAGCAAAUUAAAACACUCAGCAACAGUUGCCAUCAAAUCUUACGAGAAAAUGAAAUUCUUUUACAAAGAUUAUACAAUUAUCAAAAUUUGCUAUCUAGCUCAAUGGCAGAUCAAUGUGCAAAAAACGAAGAUACUGUUGACAGCGCUGAUAAACUCAAUUUUGUCAAAAUUUCAAUUCCAAUUGAGACUCCACCAUUUCUUGAUUAA